AUGGACAGACCACAGCCCUUGGAAUCUCAGCCUCCAGACCCACAGCGCCGCGAGUCUGAAUCUCUGUCAGCUUUGCGUAGUGCGCUGCAGGAGGCCAAGAAUGCCCACGACAUCGACAUCGACAGCCAGCCAGACGACGAUGCUUCCAACGAGGAAGGCUCCCCCGACAAGCCCGCUCGCCGGCCAAAGCGAGCGCGCGCGUGCAUCGCUUGUCGCAACAUGAAGAUCCGCUGUCUGCCGGUUCAAGGCCAGGAGGCGUGUCUGGCCUGUUCCAAGGUAAACCGCGAAUGCGUCAUGCCCGGCCCUGCACGGAAACGACAAAAGACAGUACACAAGGUCGCAGAGCUUGAGAAGAAGAUAAAUGCCCUCACCGACGCCCUCAUCGCCCAGCAGGCGGCCAACCCAACUCCUCCCAAUGACUCCCCGAAUACAGACCGCCAAGAAACCCAGUCAGAUGUGACACGCACCAACACCACUAUCACUUCAGAUCCGCAGCGUGAGUCCGAGCGUUUAUCAUCGUACGGGAAGAUCCCCGUGGAGAAUCCCAAUGUCAAUUUCGAGCAAGGACAUCUCGACUGGGGAUGCUCCAAAUUUGAGCACCCUCGAGAGAAACUGGAGCCAUACGCCGACAUAAUCGAACGCGCCCUGCUUGACAUGCCUACUGCCAACAAGAUUUUCGGUCACUAUGUCAACAACAUGCUCCCGCACUUCCCCGUGCUCGCCUUUCCCGGCACCAUCACUGCUCAAGAUGUACGAACGGCCAGGCCCAUGUUGUUCUUGGCCAUCCUCACCGUCGCGGCUCCCGCCAUCAAGCCCGAGCUGCAUGGUAACCUUGUCGUCGAGCUGACUCGCCAGUUGUCGGAGAGAGUUCUUUUCGUCGGUGAAAAGAGUCUGGAGGUCGUUCAGGCGAUACUGGUCUACACCAACUACUAUACCAGAAAUAAGUACGCAAAGGACCUGACCUUCAACCAGCUCAUACACUCCGCCGUGGUCAUGUGUUUGGAUCUAGGCAUGGGCAAACGCUACAAAUCACUGCAACGCGAUCGCACUGAAGAGGCCGAAGUCCGGCGAACAUGGCUUUCGUGCUACUACUUUGCCUCUAAUGUCUCCAUCCUCCUCCGCCAUCCCUCUCUCGUUCGCUGGUCACCCUACCUCGAAGACUCCAUCGCUUAUCUCGGCGGUCCUACCGCUUCCGACGCCGACCGCUGGCUCUGUGCCUUGGUACGCACCCAGCAAAUUGCCGAAGAAGUCUCACUCGUCUUCAACAUGGACGAUCAGUCAUCCAAUGUUUCUUUCGGUGACACUUCUACGCAAUACCAUCUCAAAGCCUUCGAGAAACAACUUGCUGCCUGGCAUGACAGUGUUCCCGCCUCCAUCAACUCCAAUGUCGUGUCCCAUAUCGCGGCAAGCAUCAACCUUUACGUGCACGAAAUUGGCCUUCACCUCGAGCACGAUUCGAACAUGGACGACUGGGCCGGCGGCAUGAAAUUCGUCGAGGGCAGACCUGGCUCAACCGCCCCGUUGCCUUCGGGUAACACUGUCCAGCCUACAACCGCCAAAUCCCACAUCACCAUCACUCACAUCGACGCCCUAGCGCAGUGCCUAGACUCGUCACACAAAAUGCUUGACGCCUGGCUUGCCUUGCCUCUCUCAACAGGACGCAACCUUCCCAACCUGGGCAUUGUGUGGAACACCUACGCCAUUGUGGCGCUCAUCAAGCUGCACGGCGUACUCUCCGCGCCCGACUCUAAAUUCCUCGAGGUAUUCUCGCCCGAACUGAGAGUCGACUAUUACAUCCUAGCCGUGAUCGAGCGCCUACAGGAACUCGCCGCCGACGGUCGCUGUCCGCCCGCCGAAGCUUUUGUAUACGUGGUCCGCAAACUGCGCAGCUGGUUCGAGCACAAGCGCAGUGGCUUCCCGGAGCAGCAUAGCGACGCCGACGACGGCGGCGAUGUCAGCGCCGGCGUCAAGGCCGGUGGUGAUGGCGGCUUCGUCGCUUCCCACAAGCGGUACGCAGACGACGUGAUGCGUCUGGCGCAAGAGCGAGACAUUCUGCCACAAGACCUGCCGCGCUCCGGGUCGCUGUCGCAGCGGCCUAGUCCGAACCUUGACCCGGCGGGUGCGCCCUUCGACGUUGGUGGCAGUGCGGCGCAAGCGUCGCAGCCGCUGGUCGGAACCAGCAGCAUGCCGAGCAGUCAGAUGAAUCCGAUGGGCAUCGGUGGCAACGGUGGUGGUGGCUUUCCAGCCUCACAGCAAGUGCCUGGCAGCGGGCCAUUUGCUAACAAUAACAGCAGCAACAGCCAGUUUGCGACCAUGUCGGAUUUGAACGUCGCGUACAAUGCCGCGAGCUACAAUAUCAACUGGGAUGAAUUGAACUUUAGCCAGCAGGAGAUGAAUCUGUUCGACGAGUAUAUGGGCGAGCGCGGCUGGAUGGGGUAUAUCAUCUGA